UAUAUUAUAUCAUAUCAUAUAUCAUCACAAACUAACAAAACAAACGCUGUACCCAGCGAGGUCAUUACUUCUUAUUUCCGUCAGCCGUUUUGCCGUACGUGAGGCCAACGCCCACAACCAGUGCCACCACGGUGAAGCCUUGUGCCAAAAUUCGAGCCCUCAUCAUGUACUGAGACAUCCGUGAUCUACCCUGGCGGAAACUCCAGAGCCCAAAACAGAGAGCACCUAAUGUUGCGGCACACCCGAUAGGAACCAACGGGUUAUCCUUCACCUUCCGAAUCAGCUUUUCUUUAGCCGUUUCCACCUGCAGGCUCGGGUAAUCCUUUCUCAUCUGAAUCCAUUCCAGUUCGGCCUGUUGCUGGCUGGCAGCAUCAGCGACUGGGGUAGCUGUCUUUGACAUUGUUCUAAAAUUUAGAAAAUAAUAAUUGCAUGGAUUUCCAAUGCAUAGAUUCGUCUGAAACCUUACCUGUAGAUCAAAGCUAAGAAAAAUAAUUAUUUCUCUUGCAGCAACGUUAAUAAUAGUUUCAAAUUAACAACUUCGCAUCACUUUACUGUCAUUUGCGGCAUACGAAGAAAAUUACAAACUUGUGUAUCAAAACAUAACUCAAAAAUUAUGCAUCGUACCGUUUGACAGAUUUUUAUGUUAUCAUCACCAGAGCUGCCAGAUGUGGAGACAUGUCUAUUUUUAAACCAAGAUGUAUAGAAGUAUUACUAAGCAUGAAACGACGACCCCAAAGUCUGUGAUGGAAUUUGGUUGGAGUUUACAUUGCCCAGGAACAAUCGCAGAGCAGCAACAUCUAUUGGAGCUGGCAUCUGGGAGAUUGCUGAAAUUCUUGCUGGAUCGUGUCAUUUUUUAUUUGCAUCAGUCUAAGGAAUGCAUGGAUUCCAUCCGAACCUUUUAUCAUCCUUGCCAUCAGUUUUUGGAAUGCGCCAAGUGCUUAACCGUUACUUCGGUACAGGUACACGUCGGAAAGAUGAAUAAUACUGGGGACACGUUUGCCGACUAGUUUCAUGCGAAUAUCUCCGGGCGUUGGGAGAGUGUGGUUUGCUCCAAGCGCUGCCUCGAGUCCGGUGGAAUAAUCGGCGCAGAUACGCAUAUAUGUCAAUGACAAGGAGCUGCCCGAUCGGAGAAUUCGAUGAGCGUGAUAAUAUCCAUACGUUGGAGCAGUUCCGAUUCUUCUUCUACUUUUUAAGUGGCACAGAAAGGAACCGCUCGCUUGUAUAAAAAAAUUGACUGCCCAUCGUGUUUUAGGUUCAGACGAACUUUAGUUUUAGUGCAGUGACUCAGAUGUUCUUAAAAAAAACUUCGAAGCCCCGAGUUAGGAAGUGCUAAUCAUUACAAAGGAACUUGGAAAGUUUCACCUGAUUGCAGUGUGCAGCAAGUGGUUUCACUGACUGAAUCGUCUUCAUUUGCGUUUUCUUGCCUUUCUUGUUGACCUUCUUGUCACCUGCGGAUGUUGGCGUAGAACAAUUCGUAUGCUUGGAGGACUGACAAUGCUCUGAAAUGCAUAGCUCCACACUAUCAGCGCGGAAAUGGAGGAGUUUUACUGUCUGUUGCUGUUGGUUUUGAUUGACUGUUUCUUGAUCUGCCGAACCGCCUAAACCGAAGCUGAACGAUUCUUCCACCAACGCCACAUCAUGCUUGAGGUAUGACAGGCCCUGGCAUUCAGUCAUCAAACCAUAGGUGUUCACAUCGGAUGUAUCGGAGCUUCGAUAGGAUAUGGGUGUCUGUCGUCGUUUUGAGGCUGCAGUUGAACACCAAAUGCCUCGCACUCGCACGGUUCACCACCCCGGCACAAGUGACGAAAUUAUCGGCUUCGUUCUUAAUGAGGUGAAUGCAAUCGUAAUGCUUACAGAACAAAGACUUUUGCUGUCCAAAUAUCGACUUCGGCUUCAACUUGUCCACAACCUGAUGGAACGUGAAAUUGCGUUGUUCAUAUGACAAAAGAAAAUUCAAAACCGUAACGCUGAGGUUACACAGUGGAGCCGCACCUUUCCCAAGUCAUUCAGGGGGCUACUAUCCUGCCUGAAGCAGUCUUAGUACUUUGAGAACCAUUGGUCGAACGUGAACACAUUUUAUGGUCCGAAGUGAAACUCCUUGAUGGCAGCGGAAAGUUCAAUAAUGUGUUUUAGUAUUCUCAAAUCUUUAAACUCAUCGCCAAAAAUUAAACAUAACAUAAAACAAGUUUGAGGAACAAACGACAUUUACAAACGACUUAAUAUGGUCAGAAAACUGCGAUCGUUCUGAAAUUUUAGCAAAAUGCUUUUAGAUAUUCUACUAUACAAAAAACUAAAAACAGAUUUUAAAAAAAUAACCAAAAUUAUAACUCGGAGGAAAGUGAUUCUUCUUAAAUUAAUUACAAAUAAUAUUUUAGUUAUUACUAUAAUUAUUCAGAUGUUCCACAAAAGGCUGAAAUAA